AACUCGGUUUUCAUAACCGCAACGCAACCAUCAGCAGGCGAAACCAGAACAAAAGUCAAAAAACCAAAAAAAGCAGCAACGAAGUAUUGUGCAUGGACGAACAAGAGUGACGAAAGCGAAACCGGGGCGUGAAAAUUGAUUUUUCUUUAGCUGUCAAGUGAAGAAGAAACAGAAAAGAUCCAACGGGUCCGAGCCAGCCCUUGGCCAAUGCGGAUUGUGUUGCGGAAAUAGGUUUACGUUUUCGUAACGGAACAGUUUCAGGUGUUUCCUGAUAGUGUAAACUUUCCGGAACAAUUUUCACGUGAAUAAAAGGAAAACGGCGUUUUAGUGUGCGUUUGAGGUGUUUGAAUGUGAGCAACUUUUAUUUUUUAUCGAUCCAUUCGGCAGGAUUUUUCGUCGAUGCUUGUGGAAUUAUAGAACGGAAACGCGAUCCGUACGUUUAGUGUUGGUUUGGAAAAAAAGGACGAAAGUAAACGGGACAAACAUUCCCGAACAGCGGGAGGAGUUUGUUUGUCGAGAAGCAAACGUUGUGUUGUGUAAGAUUAUUAGUGUUCAAUUGCGUGAAAAUUAAAGUCGAAUUAUUGUCGGAAUUGAUUGCAAGUGUAAGCAAUAGCAGCACCAGUUAAGAUGGCAAACAAACUAUCGCAGUUGCUGGUCAUCGAGCCAGCGACUGAGCUCAAAUUUGUGGGUCCGUUCUGCACAGCUGUUUCAUCAUACAUGCGACUAACCAACCCGACCGAUCAUAAUAUUCUAUUCAAAAUCAAAACAACUGCACCGAAAAAGUACUGCGUGCGCCCGAACUGCGGUCUUCUGGAACCGAAAAAUACUAUUGAAAUUACCAUUAUCCUUCAACCAUUCAUCUUUGAUGCGGCCGAAAAGAAUAAGCACAAAUUCAUGGUGCAGUCGAUGAUCAUGCCGGAAGGUGACGUUAGUCCCGAGCAGCUCUGGAAGGACGUCAACCCGGACGAUCUGAUGGAUUCGAAGCUACGGUGCGUGUUCGAGCUGCCAGUCGAUAACAAUCAGACGUCGUCGGUGGCGGCGCUCACAAGCACGACGGCCAACACUCAAUCGGCUAGUGCUACACCAAACAAAAUCGAAUCCGGAUUAUCGUCGAUGGACCCGCAGCUUAUCGGUAACUUGAACAACGAGGAAGAGAAACUGAGUGAUUCGUCACUGGUGCAGGAACUGAAGAAACUGCGGGAAGCCGAAAGCUCCCUGCGUCACGAAAAUCUACUACUGAAGGAAAAACUACUACGAAUGCGAUUAGACCUGGAGAACAGCACCAAGGAACAGCAGCAACAAUCGACAUCAUUAACAUCGAGCGGACUCGGUUCGUCGCUUUCCGCUGGAACUGUCUCGCCCGGAGCAGCAGCCGCUGCUGCCCACUAUCAGAAUCCGUACAGUCCGCCCGUGUCGGCCGCUCAGCAGCAAAUUCCCAUGAUCUAUGUAGCCGCAGCGAUCGCAAUGGCCGUAUUCGGACUAAUCAUCGGUAAAUUUUUACUCUGAACGCUGAAAAUCAACGGCACCAGCGGCAAUGAUAAUAAGUUAAACUGAAACAAACUGGAAAAAGAAGAAAAAAACAAAACAAAAAGUUUACAGCGCACUUAUUCAAGAACAUAUAACAGGUGCAGGUUUGUAGGAAGAAGGGUAAAAAAACCAGGAAAACAAAUUGCAUUCACUUAUUAUAAACCAACAAAAUGCAUGUACGUGACGGACGGAGAAGAAAUAAAUUGUACUACAAUAAAAACAGUUAUAACUGAUGCAGAACCUAGCAGUAAAAUAAUUAAACUCUAAACAUGAUUAAUAAAAAAGAGAAACUAUAGAAAAAAAACGAGAAUCAAUGUCAAGGCAAAAAUACACACACACACACACACACACACACGGUUACUGUAUAGGAUAAUGCAAAACAAAAACGCCUGAACAUAAAGCCAGAAAUCUAUUAGGAGAACUGCGGUGUUUUAAAAUCAAACAUAAAAGUCUGCUGGUGGCAGGUUCCAUAAAGAAAAUCGUAUAUAUCCUAAAUGAUACCAAGAAUAAAUAAAACCGAAAGAAAGAAUGUUACAAGUAAUGAGCAAUUAGUUAUCAAUCUUCUUGUUAUUGAUUUCCGCUAGUACACCAGUCUUUUCUGUUUAAAUAAGUAAGAAUCACAGACACACACACACAGAAUAACAACAGAAACGAUACUGUCGCUUAGGAGUAGAUUACAUUCAUUGAAACAGAAAAAGAGCUGAUCCCGCGAAGCCAGCAGUUUGAUUAGCUAUUACUAAUUGAUAACAAUCAAAUAUCUGUCUCCAAUAUCGCGAAACAGGACACGCGAGGGGUUAUAAUCAUAGCUACCGUUUAUUUUUUCUUUCGAGAGGAAAAAAGUCACGCUAAAAAGGGCGUAGUAGAAAAGAGAGGAGUAAUGAAAAGGGAAAAAAACUAGCGUUUAAGAAUUAAUAGUAGCCUAUAUAAGGAAAGCAUGUUUGUUAUGUUAUAGUUUGAAGAAAUCAUUACCUACCUACCUAGCAUUCACAGCAACCGUGGCAAAAUUAUGCAAAUUUGGAUGACUCUUACUAAUCAAGGCACUGAACAGAUGGUCUGUUAUUAUUUUCAAACAACCUCGUACACAAAAGUGGUUGAGGAUGAAUAAACAACAAAAAAAAAACAAAAUUUUGAUUUCGUAUAGAUAAGAAGAAAACAUAGCAUCCGGGAUAAAAAAAAACCUAUUGCAAGAGUAUAACCGUUUAUAAUAAACAAACAAACAAAGAAAAACAACAACCAUUAACGGGCUGCUUGGAAUAACACUCCCAAUACAUUUAGCAAAAAACAAAACUCACAUAACAAAACGUACUAAAUGAACAAUCGCAGCUACACAAUAAAAAAACACACACAAACACAGACAUUUAUGAACACAUACAGGAUAAAAACAUUCUAGUUGACAAACCUUUUAGUUGAAAAAAAACAACAACAACCUGCGUGACCCGCUAAAUCGUACUAAUUGAAACAUUUUCUGCCAGAACAAAAUGGAAAGUAAACUCUACCAAUUGUUAAUAUUCACCUAUUAUUUGUUUGGUCGGUGUUGCCUGCCGUAGACUAUUCUAGAGAACGGAGGAUGCGCACUGGAUUGCUUGCAGUAAACAAUACCAAGUAAACGGUCUCCAAUGUAGUGCUUUCACUGAUUCAGUUGUAGAUUUCGUUUUUAUUUUAUGUUUUGCAUUAGUUGUACUCCAAUGGUUUGUAUAUUCGUGGUUUUCCGUUUCUCUACAAAAGAAUAUGGCCGUGGUUCUUUCUAUUUUUGUUUUUAUUGUAAAAUGUUUCCAAUUUAUCAAGUAGUUUUUUCUGCUCCUUUGCUAGCGUUCAAAAACUAUUCGAGAAAUAAAUAAUGGAAUAAUGUAUA